AUUACAAUGACGUUUUCAAAAUCAGCCUUGCUGGUACUUCUGGCAUUAAUGUGUGAGCGGGCUGCCUAUUUUACUGUCGAAAACUACGUAAAUGAAUUAUGGGUCGUGAAAUUAAGUUACACAGCCGGACAUGCAGUGAUCGCACAUAUGAUGUUUGUUGGUGCGUCGCAUUGUUUUGGAAUACUUGGCGGGGCAUUUGCCGACGCAUUUUUUCAUCCAUUACCAAUGCUGGGAAUAGGCUAUAUUCUCCUCAAUAUAGGUCUUGUUCUUCUGGAGUCUGCUGGAUCUGCGGCUGAGACAAAUCUCGUGCCCUCCAGAAACAUCGCCAUAGCAGGACUUGUGAUUGCAGCUUUGGGACAGGGUUGUAUUGAGGUUGUCUUACCGGUAUUGGGCGCUGCACAAGUGACAGACAAAAAGGAGUCGCAGGCGAUUUAUUCAUUGGUAUUACGUAUGGAGAAACGUCGGGGCCAUCAUCGCUGAUGUGUCGCGCGCUGUAAUUGACAAGGUCGACAUCGAGUUGUACUUGAAAUACUUGAUAG